AUGUAUUCGACGCGGUUGAUACACCUUCUUCUGGUGGCAUUUUCCCUUGCCACCGUCACCCAGGCUGCUUGGUACAAUCUUGGACUUUUUGAACGAGAACGACACGAGAUUGCCGCAAGACAGGACAACUCAUCGGCUUCGGAAACUGUCCAAGUUACAACAAGUAUCUCCACGACAGUUCCCACGACGGCUCCCACUACCACAACUGACGCGCCGGAAACGACGACUUCAGUUGCACCAGAAACAACUACCACGACUACGCCUACCACGACCACUCGGGCACCUACCACUCUUACAACCACCACUCCGACCACUCAAGGAGUAACGACCGACUCCCCGACCCCUUCCACUGAGAGAGGGGGUGGAGGAGCCACUCCUACGACAAGUGACAAUGCGGCAACCACCGAUGAGACGACGGCAACAACCGAGACGACCGCCACUCCCUCUGUUAGCACAACCAUUCUCGUUGUGACAACAACCAACGCAGCUGGCCAGCCAACCCAGAUUACCAGCACGAGCGCUACAACCAUCACCCCUUCGGCAAGCCUAAAUAAUGGCCAGACCGGCUCAUCGUCCUCGGGCAUGUCUGAUGAAACCAGGAAUACGAUUAUUGGUGUCUGUGUCGGCGUGGGUGGGGCCAUCGUCCUCGCCGUUGUCGGUCUUUUGUUCUGGAGACUUCGAGCUCGCAAGAGGAGUCAGGAGGAUAAUGAGGAUCUUGUCAACUACGGAGCGGGUACCAGCCAGUUCAACAACGCCCCGGAAAAGAGCGAGAAUAAUGGUAGCGCCAACGGCCGUACCCCUUUCCAGAGCACGUUAGAAUCGUACCACGCGCCGACCCAAACCAAUGCCGCAUCCAACUUCUAA